UCGCCGGGGAUCCUGCAGUCUUCCUGAAGAGUUCGUGUGUUCCAGAGAAGAGUUCCAAAGUUUUACGAUCAUCCGUUUUAAUCCUCGGUCAAGGGAUUCGCAUAGAUCGAUCCUCGAGUUGAUCCUGCUAGAGUCUUCCGUCUAGUGUUUCGUGUUUGUCGUGAAGAUCUAUGUGUCCAUGAGGUGCAAAGUCUUAGAUUGCCAAGGCAACACCCCGACCUUCUUGCCCAGUGUCAGACUUGCUAAAAAUCUCCGGACUCGCAAGGGCAGUCGACGUGGUAACACUGCAAACCGCUUAGAACUUUUGGUUCUGGUUCAUUUGCAUCACGUGCCAUAGAGGCUUCGAUCGGAGCAGAAUUUCACGUUGGUGGUGUCUCAUCGCUUCAGCAAAUUCUGAGGAUCUUGGAGUUUGUGAUCAUUCAUUCGAGUCGAUAGUUGAAGGAAGCUCGAGGACGCUCGAAGGGAAUCAAGAUGGUCUACACUAACAUCGCGACUUCGACGAUCAAGGCUGCUUACCCCGACGUCAAGUACUUGUUCCGUUUAAAGCUUUCGAAGGACAAACAUGGCCAGGCAUCGUCGGUGUACCAACCGCAAACGGCGCAGCCGGCGAAAAACGAGAAGUAUGGCUCCUGGGGUCCGAUCUACAAGAACAAGCAGAACUUCGUCGACAUGCAUCUCUGCUAACACGCACUAUCACAGCUAAUGGUUCCAGCCGCGUCUUCAGGCUCUAAAAUAAUCGCACCUCCGGAAAUCGUGAUCAUUCCGCCGGAAUUUCGACAAAAAUGGCGGCCGGAACGGAAUCUAACUCGACGCAGCAUCGCACAUUUGAUAAUGUAUGAAUAAACGUCUACACCACCAUAAUUAGAUCGUGUUAACCCUGCCUCGGUAAUGAUAAGGGAAUAUUUAUAAUUAGAUUGCUAGAGUUAUGGAGAUCUAUACGAUAAGUGGUCCUCCUGUGAGUCACAGUUACGCGAGAGUAAAGUUUUCUCCUUUGUUUUUCAUUUUUUUCUUUUUUUUUUAAUUAAUGCUGUUCUUGAUGGCAGUGUUUGAGCAAGAGACGAUGUUAGACAGAGGACGAACGAGAUGUCAGAAAAAAGUGCAUCGUGCUCUAGUUCCGGCGGAUACGACGAAGACAAAGAACUCGGAAAAAAUAGCCCGUUCCCUAAAGCCGACUGGGUGUCGGUUAAGAUGACGCGUUGGAAUGGAGCAGCCCUACCAAUUUCCACAUCAUCGAACACCAUACCUACUCCAAAUUCAAAUUCCACAAACAUAUCUUGUAUGUUUUCCCGUUAUACGCUUAUUUUCCUUUCGCCGUUUUCGGAACCGUAACACGGUCUUUGGGCGUUUAAGUAGAUACUUCCGACUUGGUCAGACACGAGUGUCACGUAUGCGCUGGUCAUUGCUGACCCACACACAGUACAAAUAAUUAACGCUGACACUGCCGGUCGAAUGAGUUGAAAUUAUGCAAAUGCUCAUGGCAAAUGAUUGAGCAAAGUCUAAAUAUAUUCUUGCAACACAUGUUCGGUGAUACAUUUUAGUCAAAUUCGACGCUUCAUACAUUUUCAGUUAAAAUUCUCGAUCGAAUGUUCGAAUGUAGUCGAACAAAUUUAUAUUUCCUAAAAAGAUAUUGCAAAAUUGACUGUGGUUUAAUACUAUAAAUAGAUACGACAAAUGAUGGCAGAAUGGAAUGGGCUAGAAUGCAAAGUUUCGUUCAACGAAAUCAAUAUUUCAAAUUCCUGAAUGAGAAAUGACAAAUCUUUUUUGAAAUGAUCAACGUAGACACAGUCGCAGAACGCACAGAAGAUUUCACGUACCAGCGUCAAAGUUCCAACAAUAAACAUUAUUGUCAAUGCAUAAAUAUUUUCUAUCAUAAGAGAUUACAGAAAUUUCACUCCAUGUCUUACUGAAUUCUAAAAAAAAAAAGAAAAAAACAUCGACGAUCACGUCGAACGAGGAAAACACACGAAAUGUGUCCAGAAAUAGAUGUUUGAAAAUUGGCACUUCGUUCAAGGCUGGUGGUUUCGGAAAAGCAUCGAUUCAUCGAAAGCCCAUGGUUUCCACCCCGUUCCGGUGAAAAUAGUAGGGGGGAAAGCCCCGGGGCGUUUGGUGGGGAAACGUCGGGAGGAAAAAGAAGGCUCCUGGACAAACGGGGAGGACGAGUGCAACGUGGUGCAGUCGUUGAAAGCGCGUCGACUGGCUCGGUCUUCCUCUGAAUGGAGGGUCGGGGGAGGAACAGUGCCUCUCGAAGCCGGACGAUCCGCGUAUCUGCCCACCCUCUCUAAUUUAUUUAUUUAUCCGCGAAGUACCGGUGUGACGGUGCCAUCGACCGCCGGGGGGAAAAUUAUUUUUUAACUUCGCGACGGAGUUGUGCGUCGGGGACGGUACACAGGACGGAACACAAGACGGAGACAACAGGAGAAAGAAGGAAAAGUGUCGUUGCUCCGUUGGAACGCGAGAUACCCGAGAGAGAGUCGACGUCCCGACGCUGCUAUUUCGAGGCUGAAACACAACCGGCUGAUUGGCGAAUGCGGUGUAAGAGACCAUCGUGAAUUUAAGGAUCAACAAAAUGAGGGCACGAGAUUCCAUGGUCUACACCCCGGUGUCCCUAGGACCGGACACCGACGACGAGGAAACCCUAGUCAACGCUGAAGUUUACAUCAAUGACCUGGCGCAGAUCCGGGCGCUGGUGGAGUCGACGGGGAUGCUGGGUGGCUCGACGUGCCCUUCCUGCGAGAUGCCGUUCGACAAAGGGAAGAAGCGUCGGCUGAUCGACUCCUGCGGACACGAGCGUUGCUACUCGUGCCUGUUCCGGAGCGAGGCCUGCCCGCUGUGCCUCCGCGCGGACUUCAACGACGAGGAUGGCCUGGAGGGGCCCUUCAGGGACGUGCUCGCCGGGUCCUCAGGCCCCAUGUCCAUCCUCGCGCCCACGGACGGCUGGAUCGAUGAGUCAUCGACGGUGAACUCUCUCUGCGGCAGCCCCAGACCACGCACGAAAGUCACCACGAGAGCAAACCUCCCGUCACGAGUCAUGCACCAACGGGACGCCGACGAGUCCUCUUUGGUAGCUAAAGGCUCGAGGGGCAAACAAUCGGCUCAGCCGGAGUCCUCCUCGGGGUCUCAGGGCCGACAGAAGCUGCAAAUCAUGACGCAAAGCUGCCCGACGCCCCCGAAUCAAAGGAAAAGGUUCUUCCUGAACCCGAAGGUGCUGAGGAGCUCGUUCGUCCCCCAGAGAUCGUCCAGAAGAGGUGCCUCGUCCCCCGAACCCGUCGCCAACGACAACCCCUCCGCCCUUUCAGUUUGGAUGACCUCCUCUUGGGAAGGGAAGUCAAGAUGGCCGGGUGUAGUGCUGGGGAAAAUCAAAUCUUUGUGGAGCAGCAGUCAAGGGACGGCGAGCGACGGUCUGAACCAGCUGAUCGAGCCGAGGAGCAAACUCACAGAUGACGAGGGCGGCUGCGUGAAGCCCCUGACCUCGAAGACCAGAAAGUCCUCGCAGUCGGACCUGUACAUGAGGCUGGGACUCCUGUUGGGCAGCAAUCAUUCCCGCGCCAGCAGCAACGUGGACACCAGCGACCUCCCCGGAGCCCCGAAUCGCUCCAGCGCCGGCGCCUGUCAAUCCAGGGUGCCGAUUCAAAGUCACGACAGCUCGGCGGCAUCGUUCAGCAGCCUGACGAGCUUCGAGACCCAGACCCUCGCUUCGACCAACACCAGCCCGGUCUCCACGUUGACCGGAACGUCCAGCGAAGCCGAGGCCGCCGCUGCCUUGAGAUGUCCCAUCAAACCGAAGUCGAAGGCCAAGGGCAAGAGCAAGUCCAGGGACUGCGACAGCGCCGGAAGCCUGGCUUCGAUUUCGACGUCGGUUUCCGCGUCCACUUCCAUGUCCAUGUCGAUGUCCGUGUCCGUUUCCGGGCUGUCGAACGGCAGCUCCAGCCCCCUAACUCCCAGAAGACAUUCCGUGAACGCCUCGCAGGCUGGACAGUCCGACGAGCCUGGACAGUCCUUCAAGAAUCGGAGGUCCUGCGCCAGGAGGUCGGCCAGGACCGGAAACGUGAAGGGUGCCGUAGACGCCAAGCUGCGCUUUAUGCAACACCACGCGACCCAGCUGACCCUGAAGCCCCUCUUCUUCGAGGUACCCCUCCUGGAAACAGACCCGCUGUUCACCGGUCGCCAAUGGCUGUUGCACGAGAUCGAGUCCGUGGUGAACGGGUCCAGUCCCGGUGUCCUGAUCUCAGGGUCCCCUGGGACCGGCAAGACCGCGUUAGUCCUCCAACUGGUGGAGCACAGUUGCUUCGGCAGAAGGAGGGAGCAAUCUCUUCCGUCGGACAUCGCGGAAGAUCUCAAGGAUAAGGAGAAGCCUGGCUGCGCUACUGCCCUGCAUGCUGGAAUCCGCAAUACUAACGAGAAGGUGAGAGAACUGGCUGGCCACGUGGUCGCCUAUCACUUCUGCCAAGCGGACAACAACAGCACCUGCCUGGUACCUGAUCUGAUACACUCUCUGGCAGCUCAGCUCUGCCAAGCUCCUCAGCUGAUCUCCUACAGAGAGUACUUGCUCUCCGAACCACACAUUCAAGGCUCCUUGUCGCAAAGGGAGUGCACCGUGGACCCUGAUCUGGCACUGUCCAGAGGCAUCAUCGAGCCUUUGUCCACUCUGAAGAAGAUGAACAGGCUGCCGGACUCGAACAUGGUGAUCCUCAUCGACGCGGUCUGCGAGGCAGAGUACCACCGACCCGACAGAGGCGACACAAUAGCAUCCUUUCUGACAAGGCACGCGCCCAACUUCCCCAGCUGGCUGAAGAUCAUCUGUACAGUUCGGACACAGCUGUUGGAGUGCGCGAAGCAGCUACCCUACACCCGGGUCUCCCUGGACAAGGUCCCGAACGACAGCACCGGGAACAACGUCACCCGGGACCUAUCCGAUUACAUAGGCUACAGGCUGGCCCAGAGUCCCGCCAUUCAAACGAACGUCACGGCGUCCGUGAACGGCAAAGCAGAAUCGUCUUGCAGCGCGAACCAGACUCGGUUCUCCUCGCACCUGCUGGCGCUGGCCAGGGGCAGCUUUCUCUUCGCCAAGCUGACCCUCGAUCUUAUCGAGAGCGGACACUUGGUGGCUAAAUCCGCCAGCUACAAGGUGCUGCCCGUGUCCCUGGCGCAGAUAUUCCAGCUACACUUCAAUCUAAGGUUCCCGACGGCCACGUCCUUCGACAGGGUCCAGCCUCUUCUCGGCGUUUGCCUGGCCGCGCUGUACCCGCUCACCCUGCCGGAGAUCUUCUACUCUGUCAACUCGCUGAACACCGACCGAUUCGUUUCAUGGGAGGAUUUUCUGCAGAGAUUCAAAAUGCUCUCUGGCUUCCUCGUGAAACGGCUGGACAACACGUACAUGUUCUUCCACCCGUCGUUCAGGGAGUGGUUGAUGAGAAGGGAUGAGGGAGAAUCGACGAAGUUCCUGUGCGACCUGAGGCUGGGUCACGCCGCGAUCGCGUACAGGCUGUCGCGGCUCCAGGCACCGUUAGACGGCGACAAAGCGUUGGAACUGGGUCACCACAUACUGAAGGCGCACGUUUACAGAGGCGUCGCGCCUUGCUGGCCUUCGCGCGAUCUCCAGGCGAUCUGGUUAGCAUCGUCCACGGAGUGCGUCUCGUCCGCGCUCUGCACCCUGAGGAACAUCUACAGCCCGAACGUGAAGGUGUCGAGGUUGCUUUUGCUGGCAGGAGCAUCCCCUAACCACAUCACCGAGUACCUGGGCAACGCUCCAGCUCUGUGCAUGUACGCCCACGAAGGCUCCGUCGAGAUGGUGUCCCUGCUGCUAGAAUUCGGCGCUGACGUCGAGCUGACGAACAGCCAAGGCUGCACUGCGCUGUCGUUGGCCGCCGCUCGAGGACACUGCGACGUUGUCAGAAGGUUGGCCGCCGCUGGGGCGUCUUUGGGGCACGCGGACAUGGCAGGUCAGUGUCCCCUGGUGCACGCUGCAAGGCACGGGAGGCUGUCGGUGGUCGGCUACCUGCUGGCCUGUGAUUGGGUGAUUCCAUCGGGCGAGAGCGAGCCGGAGAACUCGCAGGAAAUGAGCAGGGAGGAAGCAGCCCAGCAAGCUGUGGUAGCAGCCGCUGCUCAAGGCCACGAGUCCAUCGUCGAAUAUCUCCUGGACAUGGCCGAGGUCAUCGUGGACAGGCCCGACACCCUGAUCGGCGAGACCGCGCUGACCAUAGCAGCUGCGAACGGGUCCACCGCCACGGUUUCCGCUUUGCUAGCUCGCGGUGCUAGACCUACGGCUGUGAACGCCAAAGGACUGUCUCCUUUGAUGCUUGCCGCGAGGGAGGGCCACUGGGGAACUGCUGAGAGAUUCCUUCAAGGUACGCUGUCCAGCAGUACAGACACGAUCCUGGACGAUGCUGUGACCCUCCUGGAUCAGAGAGACCUCGCUGGACGCACCGCCCUCAUGCUAGCCGCGUCCGAAGGUCAUACGAACCUGAUCGAAUUGUUCCUCGACAAGGGCUCCAAGUUGGAGAGCAGGGACAAAGAGGGACUCACUGCCCUUUGCUGGGCCUGCGUCAGGGGAAGGCUCACUGCUGUGCAGAACCUCAUCGACAGGGGCGCAGAUGUCAACACCAGCGACAACACUGGCAGGACUCCUUUGGACUUGGCUGCGUUCCAGGGCAAUCCGAAAUUGGUGCAACUGCUGCUGGAAAAGGGAGCCGCGGUGGAACACGUGGACCUUCACGGCAUGCGACCACUGGACCGAGCCAUAGGCUGCCGAAACAUCCCCGUGGUGCAGUGUUUCCUGCGGCGGGGUGCUAAACUGGGCCCGGCCACCUGGGCGAUGGCUGCCGGGAAGCCCGACGUGCUUCUGAUCCUCUUGAACAAGCUGCUCGAGGACGGGAACGUGCUGUACCGGAAGAACAGGCUGAAGGAGGCGUCGCACAGGUACGCCUACGCCCUGAGGAAGUUCCCCGUGUCGCCGGAGGAAGACUGCCAGGGUCAGGAGCACGACCACAUGAUGCUGCAGCUGCAGACGUUCGCGCAACUACGGCUGAAUUUCUUGCUCAACCUUAGUCGAUGCAAGCGCAAGAUGAAUGAAUGUGCGGAAGCAAUCGAGCUCGCUGACGAGGCUCUAAAGGUUCGGCCAGUGUCCUACGAGGCCUUCUACGCCAGGGCGAAGGCUCGCGUCGACUCGGGACUGCUGGAGGAUGCUCUGUCCGAUGUCCAGGAGGCUCUGCAGAUUGCUCCACCCCAGAACAGGCAGGAUCGCCGCGUCCUCGUUGCCUUGAGAGAUGAGAUCAUCUCCAGAUUGGACGGUUUGGGGACCAGCAAAGGAACCUGCGACUCCUCGAACAGGUCCAGGCUCCGGGCAUCGGUGGACACUCUCACGGAGCUAUAAGAUUCUGUCUUCAUUCGAGACACCACUCGAACUGUUUCGGACAAUCUGUUUUCUUUAGGUGGCACGCUUAAGCCGUCCUAGAUCGUACUCGACGAGCGCUCGAUCAUCUACGAGCGAUUCUAUCGACCGCAAACGAAACGAAAUCGCGGUCACGCGAUAUGCCUGGUCCUUCAGGAUGCACUGUCUUUAGUUGAAGGACACUUCGAAACGGGUCCUGAAGGACGCACAGCGAUCCACGCCGGGAUGUUUCAUUCGAUUUUUCGUCGCGUAUUGCGCGCACUCGAAGAGAUUCCUGUUGUCGCCGCUUCUGAAACGCGAAGCUGGCUCUACCCGUACUUCCGGUUGGCGUGCAGGGCACCGUUUGCCCCUCCCCGAGACAACUGUUCCGAACAUUCAUACAUCGUUUUUGGAAGUUCAAGGUAUUAUCGCGUCUUUUAUGUUAAGUUUUAUGUUAAUUAGUUUUGGUAUUCGCGGAACAGUCUCGGGGUUUCGGGGUGCAAACGGUGUUCGAUCACGUCGAUCUCGCGCGCGCGCCUCUUUUUCUGCAAUUGUAUUGCAUGACCGUGUAGGGUUUUGUUUUUUCUUUUUUUUUUUUGUACGAUGAUCUCGAUCGCUGAUCGAGCACAGAGUUUAAUAUAUUGUAAGAUCCUAGGAAAAAGUGGGACCGGGCGAGCGGGACUCGAACCUGCGAUCUCGAGAUUCGCCGACUGGCCAAGCAUGAGCAUUUUUAGACGGUGUCCUAGCCUAAAUCUAAAUCCACUGAACUGAUUUCGAGAUGCGUGAAAUAUGCUCGUAGAACACUUGCAUUUUUAACAGUUGACUCCUUCAAAGUUCUUUUGAUAAAUCAAGUAGCGAUUUUGAGUGAAGUAACCAUUCGACUGCAGCUGAUUAAAUUAUUCGGUUGGCCAAUAAGCCAUUGCGUUUUUUCCCCAUAGAUUGCAAUACAGAAAAACGCAAUGGUUUAUUAGCCAACCUGAUACAAUAACUCUGUUCAUUUUGAUAACCCAGAGGUGCUAAUCUAAGAAGACCUUUCAAAACGCUGCCACUCAAAAAACUACUACAAGAAAAUUGUAUUUAUUAUGAUCUCUAGGCUAGAACACCCCCUAAACCAUCCCAGCCACGGAACCCUCCGACUUUUCCCAAUCUAAAGCGUUCUUAAAGGUCUGGGGGUCCUGAUCCCACGAUAUAUACAUUUUUCUAUAUAUAAAUAGUAUAUAUAUAUAUAUAAAUAUUUGUAUUAUAUCACGCGUAUGAUGAUUGGUUUCUAGUGUCGUUGUAAUUUAAUGAACGUUAUUUAAUUCUGUUUCCUAUUUCUCUCUAUCUAUCUAUCUAUCUAUCUAUCUAUCUCAUUGUUUCUCUCAGUAUUCUUUUCCUUUUUUAAACAAACCACGCCGUGAACAAUUGUGUGCACGAAACGAAUGAAAAUGAGCAAAAAAAAGAGAAAGCAAGAGAACGAACGACGAGCAGACUCGUCCGGUGACUGGUUCUCGAGUGCGUAUUCCACUGUUAGGAAAUUAUCCGAUCGCUGACGAGAACCGUGUUAAACGAGCCACUCGACGAUCUCGUCGAUCAAUGUAUUUAGAAAACGGACUCGCUUGCCAAGCAUUUAAUUACACCUAUUCCUCUGCAACCAGGUCGCGAUCCAACGAUCCUGGAUCCGAUCUAUGGCCACCGAUCGACGACCUCCCUCCGAUUUGUAUUUUAAUAGACAGAAAAUCGCAUCCGCUUUCUGCGAUGUUAGUUGUCUCUGCACUGGAGCACAGAGGUCCGAAAUAAACGAAACUUUUCGACGA